AUGGCGAUCGGAAAGAAGCGUUUGGAUAUGAGGAAAUAUAAUGUUUGUGGAGUUAAAUUUACAGGAAAUUAUCCUGAACUUCCACCAUGUGAUUUUACACCAAAGUCGUACAAGGGCCCUGACUAUGACGCGGUACAAAAUAUAAGACAGGGCCGGUUAGUGCCCUGCAUCACUUCGUAUUAUAAAAAGCCAGUAUUAAUACAUCAAGGAAAAAUGCAAUGGUUAUGGGAUCAUACAGGAAAAAGAUAUUUAGAUAUGUUUGGUGGAAUUGUUACUGUCAGUGUUGGUCAUUGUCAUCCGAAAGUCAAUGCAGCUUUGGCUGACCAAAUGGAUUCUCUAUGGCACACCACAAAUAUUUAUAUGCACCCAAAAAUACAUGAAUAUGCCCAAAGAUUGACUGAUAAAAUGCCAGGUGACCUCAAGGUAGUUUAUUUUGUAAAUUCCGGCUCGGAAGCGACUGAUCUCGCCAUGAUGAUGGCCCGCCUGCACACCGGACACCACGACAUUCUGUCCUUCCGGAAUGCUUAUCACGGCAUGGGCACUGCAGCCAUGGGAAUAACAGCACACAGCACAUGGCGCUAUACAAUUCCAGUAUCACAAGCUGUACACCAUGUAAUGAAUCCAGAUCCAUAUCAAGGAAUUUGGGGUGGCGCACAUUGUAGAGAUUCUCCAGUGCAAACAGACCGAAAAUGUGAUUGCGACAUCGAUCAUUGUCGUGCUGGUGAUCUUUAUUAUAAGCAGUUAAAAGAAGUUUUCAAAUAUUCUCUGCCAAGAGGACGAGUUGCUGCAUUUUUUGCAGAAUCCAUACAAGGAGUCGGUGGGACCGUACAAUACCCUAAAAAAUAUUUGAAACGAGCUCAUGCCCUAGUCAAAGCUAAUGGAGGAUUGUAUGUUGCAGAUGAAGUUCAAACUGGUUUCGGUCGUACUGGUACCCACUUUUGGGGUUUUGAAGGACAUGGAGUUCAACCGGACAUCGUGACAAUGGCUAAAGGUAUCGGAAAUGGUUUUCCUUUAGCAGCAGUUGUGACUACAAAAGAGAUAGCAUCGUGUCUUACGCAAGCUUUGCAUUUUAAUACAUAUGGGGGCAACCCGUUGGCGUGCGCCACUGGCCUAGCCGUUCUCGAUGUUCUAGAAGAAGAAAAACUACAACAAAACGCUUUGGAAACUGGUACGUAUCUUCUGGAAGGUCUGGCGGGUCUCAGGGAUCGUUACAAAUGCGUCGGUGAUGUCAGAGGCAAAGGUCUUAUGAUAGGAGUCGAACUCGUUGACGGUCGUAAAAGCCGAACCCCCAUGUCUGCUCCACAUUUCGUGGAUAUUUGGGAGCACUGCAAAGACAUGGGGCUGCUAUUGGGACGAGGAGGCUUGAACGCCAAUGUAUUAAGAAUAAAGCCACCAAUGUGUAUCACAAAAGCUGAUGUUGACUUCACAGUUGCAGUUUUGGAUAAGGCAUUACGGACACAUGCUGUGAAAACUAAACGAAGUGCCAAUCAUUAA